AUGGUUGUGGUAUUGCUAAAUUCAGAAGUGAGAUCAUUUCUUAUUGGGCAACGAUCGAAAAGCCAUGGACCAUCGACAAAUCGGGCAACGGCGAAUUAA